UCCUCCCACAGCAUCAUGUCUAGUGUGCAGGAUCUUGAGUUGCAGCAGCAGCCAAGUGAUAAUCUUAGCGACCAAAGUGACUCUAAUGCUCCCCAUGAAUCUUCUUCUUCUUCUUCUUCUCCGUCCAGUUCUCCUUCAUCAUCCACUUCUUUGUCAGCCGCUCCUCAAGCAUCUCCAUGGGGAAAGCUAAUCUGGCACACAAUCAUUUGCCUCCUUGUCUCAGCACACAUGGCUACAUUUGUGAAUUACCUCGGUUACAGGUUCUAUGUCUACUCCAAGCAUCCCGGCGAGUUUGUGAGAAGGCCGUGGCUGAUAAUUCUGACGAUCUGCGAGGUGAUAUACUUUCUGAAUAGCGUUAUUGGAGCUGUGGAUCUGGUGUUACCACCUCGAAUAUGGAGGCCCCGUCAGAGUUUGUCGUUGAAUUGGGAAGAUCUUCCGACGGUUGACAUAUUUCUUCCCUGCUGCAAAGAGCCCACUGACGUUCCAGAGGAUUCGAUUCAGGCUGCCCUGGCUAUGGAUUAUCCCAAGCACCAGUUUCGAGUUUUGGUCCUGGAUGAUGGAGGGGACGAUCAGCUGAAACAAUACUGUGAGGUAUUGGAGCAUGUCGAGCCUCCGAGUGCUUCGGUCCGAUAUCUUCGUCGAGUAAAGAUUCCAGGAGUUCCACACAACUUCAAAUGCGGUAACCUUAACUACGGCCUGGAGCAUUCGGACGCAGAGUUCGUGGUGAUGAUGGACGCAGACAUGAUACUUCACCCAUCGUUCCUGAAGACUUUACUUCCUCAUAUCGUGAAAGACCCCAAAGUGUCAUUCGUACAGAUACCUCAGUCGUUUUACAACCUUCCGGGACACAUUUGGGGCCGCACCGUGCGUUGGAACUGGAGCAAUCUUCCGAAGGAAACAUCUGGACGAGAUUGGAGGCUUCCAGCCAAUGUCAAUCACAGAAGACACCACGACCGCAUUCAAGCUCUUCAACCAGGGCUUCAAGUCCGUCUACCUCAACCGCAACCUUCAGGAUAUAUCAAGCAGCGGCAGCGGUGGUGCCAGGGAGCUAUACAACAAUUCUCUGCGACAUGGAGAGAGAUGCUUGGGCCAAAGAGCAAACUCUCCUUGGUUCUCAAAGUGAGUUUCUUCUGGCACACGGGAUACUACUUCAUCGCAAUCGUCAACCUUGUUAUGCUUCUCCUCUUCAUCGUUUGUCUUGCACUUCACUUGGACCUCAUGAUCGGCACCUCCCAUGAGGCGUGGCGUGUUAUCAUACAGCUCGCCAUCUUCCUCAUUUUCUGGCGCCUUUCUUGGAUGUCAGUCUGGCUCAGUCUUCCACAAUCCAUCCGGAGUCGUAACCGGGACGAGUCACAUUUCUGGUGGAUGACACCCUUCUUCCUCCAAACCAUAUAUAAGUCCAUCUUUUCGUACUCUUCCACUUUCACAUUCACUCCAACAAGCAGCAUCGAUCGAGUUGCAGCACAGGCCAAGCUCACCAAGCAGCCAGCCUUGAUCAAAAUUUUCCUUGUCAAGCUCAAACAUGUAAAGGUUCACAUCAUCUAUAUACUCCUGGUCUUGGCAGUGGUGGCCUACAGAAUUUCCUGGGUAGCGAAGCAAAGAGGCCGAAAUUGCAGCCAUGAUUUUUACGUGAUCGCAAUGUCCUUCUUUCUUCUUUCAACUUGGACACACAUGCUUGUACCAAUUGUGUACAUUUUGUGUCCGCCCAGCUACAAGCCUGGGCAGCGCAAGGGGCUGCUUCACUACAGGGAAAAGGUUCCACAUUUCGUGGAGGGAGACCAUCUCCCAAAGUGGCACUGGUCAGCCAUGUUUUACGAGGCCAUAGCUAACGUGGUUGUGGUGAUUUUCUGGGUGGCAGCACUUGUUAUUGCUGUCACUAAGGCAGGCUUUCUGCUCAUCAGCAUGAUGAGCAUGAAGGACUUGUUUGAGGGGCGAUUUGGUGAUGGACAAUUGUGUGCUAUCCAAGACUAUCAGCUGUCAUUCUGGUUGGAAGACUUGCUUCGACAGGUUAACUACAAGGCUUAA